GAUAAUUUCUUAGUGACAGAAUGUGACUUGAAGAGAUUAGAGCAGGCGUUGAAAAUCCUUUCUGAUGCCGAAAAGCAGUUGAAACAUUCUAGUGAACACUCCUCUUUACUAACGACUGCGCUGCUUCAGCUUGCUUCUAGAAAAAAUAUUGAGUCAACUCAACCGAACAUUAGUGGAAAGCAUACUACUUCCAAAAUGGCCGACAUAAAAAAAUGCUCUGCAUUUUCUAGUAGGUCCUCCAAUUUGCGUGCAUUGCGAGAAUUGAGUUCUGCUAGUGUUACUAGCAUAAGGAGCACAAGGCCUACCCCUUGUGGUCACCACACACCAUCUAGAAUGCUCACGGCUGUUGAGCCUGCAAAAAUUCAAUCAGUUAAAAGCUCUUCAGAAGAUGCUCUUUUACUUUAUGAUGCCACUCAAAAAACUUGGAAGCUAUCUGAGAUUUGGAGAACGUGCAUUGAAAAGUGCUAUUCAAAAACAUUGAGACAAAUGCUAUCAGUUCAUGGAAAGCUCAUCUCAUUAACUGAAAAUGAAGGUAUAUUGAUUGCUUUCAUAGCAUUUGUGGAUAGUUGUAUAAAAUUGAGAGCUGAAAGGUACUCAAGUAGCAUCGCAAAUUUAUUGGAGAUGGUCCUAAAACGGAAUGUUCGGGUAAAAAUGGGUCUAAUUCCUGAUGGCAGUAUCAAUUUUAAACCACCACUUGACUCACACACAGAACAGUACAUGGCGAAGCUUGAGUUCCUGGAUAACCAAAGAAAGAUGUUACCUGAUGGCAUAAAGGGCUCGCCUUAUAAAGAUGGUUUUGAAGGUGCUGGUCACAAAAAAUUAGAGAAAUGUAGCAGCUCAUUUCCACAAGAUGAUACUUUCCAAAGUGGAAGUUCCUCAGGUUCUUCAGAAGAAAAUGAUUGGUCCUCUGCCUUGAAAGAAAAAGGGAUGGAGAUUGCAGUUCUUAACAUGGAUACUAAAACUUCUUCUAAUGGGCAAAAACUAGAAAAUGCAUGGAUGCAAGAUGCUGAAAAUGGUAUAUCUGGAUUUCCAGUUCUUUCAAAAACUAACAAGAACAUAUCCAUUCACCAUAAUGGCUGGAAUGGUGAGCUGUUUUAUGAUCCAUCAGUUGCGAUGGAUAGACCAAUGAAACGUUGGGAAAAUGAACGAAAUCAUGGAAUCAAUGCUCUAAAACUAUAUGAUAUUCAAACCCAGCACAAGUCACAAGUCGUUGGGGAUAAGAUUAACUAUGCUAUUUCGCCUAGUCUACUACAUAGCAACAGCUUUGGGAACAAUUUUGGCAAAGAAAACUUGGAAUAUGAAUCUGGACCUGGUUGUAGCGGGCUCUUUUGUUGGAAAACCAACAGACCCCACAAACAUCAGGUGAAGCCAGAAGUCCAUCGCAAGUUUCGAAAGGCUAGCCACAUUUUGCUUUGUGGGCGGCGGGCGAAGUCAAGGAUGAGAAGAGAACCAUUUAUCUGAUGAUUAAAAGGUCAAAAAGUGUUGAUCAUAGUCUGCCUACUGAUUUUUCUGGUUAUGAGCAAUUUUCAGAGGAAUAGGAAUAAAGGAAGGGGUCAUUGAUGGUUUCCUUAAUGAUGUUUGCAAAGAGUUCCAUGCGGUAAAAUUCAAAUUCUGAUCAGUGAAUAUGGUAUUUUUUUAACGGAAAAUGUAGCAAACUAUUGCUAUGUUCUACCCUCCCGAUUGUUGAGUUACUAAUUGCAUGGUAAGGUUUUAAGGUAGCUUGCAUGGAUUGAGCAUUUAUUGUAUUAUUCUACAUGGCUACUGUACUUGGGCCUCUGACAUGCAUACAGCAUAUUCAGGUAUAUAAAAGACGUGUCUUGUUUAUUCUUUAACAAAGCUAUUCUUUUUCACAUUUACUAA